GAAUGUUCUCAGCAGUUUCAAGUGCCGCUGCCUGGGGCUUGCUGCUUUUAGGAAUCGGUCAGUCAUGGGCUCAGCAGAGGAAGAGGAAUGUGCUUCUUAUCAUUGCGGAUGAUGCUGGCUUUGAGACUGAGGUGUACAACAAUACAGCAAUCCGGACCCCGAACCUCAAUGAACUCGCCGAACGCAGUGUCAUCUUCCGAAACGCCUUCUCGUCCGUCAGCAGCUGCUCCCCCAGCCGCUCCGCCAUCUUAACCGGUCUGCCACAGCAUCAGAAUGGGAUGUAUGGACUGCACCAGUCUGUUCACCACUUCAACUCCUUCGACUCUGUCAGAAGUUUACCCUUGCUGCUUCGUCAGUCAAACAUCAGGACAGGAAUAAUCGGGAAGAAGCACGUUGGCCCGGAUUCAGUCUAUCCCUUUGAUUACUCAGAGACUGAGGAAAAUCACUCGAUCCUGCAGGUGGGGAGGAACAUCACCAAAAUAAAACUGUUGGUGCGAGAGUUCCUGCAGAGCACAGUGAAUAGGCCCUUCUUCCUCUAUGUGGCUUUCCAUGAUCCUCACCGGUGUGGCCAUUCACACCCUGAGUACGGGCCGUUCUGUGAGAGGUUUGGCAAUGGGGAGAGUGGGAUGGGUCGAAUCCCAGACUGGCAGCCAUACCAUUACACGCCAGAACAGGUCAAGGUGCCCCAUUUUGUACCAGACACACCAGCUUCCCGCAUUGAUCUGGCAGCUCAGUACGUCACUAUCAGCCGUUUGGACCAAGGUAUUGGGCUGGUGCUGAGGGAGCUGAGGGAAGCCGGACACGCCAAUGACACUCUGGUGAUCUACAGCUCGGAUAACGGAAUUCCCUUCCCAAAUGGACGGACAAACCUGUACCAGGCUGGAAUAGCCGAGCCGAUGUUGGUGCACUCACCGGAGCACACGGGGCGCUGGGGCCAGGUUAGCCUGGCGUACGUCACCCUGCUCGAUAUAACUCCGACUGUUCUCGACUGGUUCUCCAUCCCAUACCCAACCUACAGCCUCUUUGGGAAAGAUCCGGCUGUACAGCUGACAGGCCGGUCUCUGCUGCCCGCUCUCGACUCCGAGCAGCCGUGGUCGACUGCCUUCGCCAGCCAGAGUCACCACGAGAUCACCAUGUAUUACCCAAUGAGAGCCGUGUCCCACCUUCACUACCAGCUCAUCCACAACCUGCAUUUCAAGAUGCCUUUCCCCAUCGACCAGGAUUUCUACCUCUCGCCAACUUUCCAGGACCUGUUGAACAGGACCGAGUCUGGGCUCCCGACGCACUGGGAGAAAUCCCUGUGGGCAUAUUACUACAGGGAACGCUGGGAACUCUUCGAUACCCAACAGGAUCCCUCCGAGACCCGCAACCUGGCAUCAGAUCCGAAGUACGCGGAUCUCCUGGAGACCAUGAAGGAGCUCCUGAGGAAGUGGCAGUGGGUGACCUCUGACCCCUGGGUGUGCGCCCCAGAUGGCGUGCUAGAGGAUCAGGGGCCGUACAAACUUCAUCCUGAGUGCAGGCCUCUGUAUAACCAGCUGUAACAUGCGUAAGAGAGCUGGUGGGUAAAGGAAGUUUUACAUUUGAGUGCUACUGAAAAAGGAGAAAAACGAAUUUGAAGCCCGUCACCUGGGGAGUAAAUCAGGACACACACAAGAAUGCAAAAUUUCAAAGGGAACAAUAAUUUAUCCGACAUGAGGAAAGGGUGAUGAGGUGGUGACUCAGCUGUUCGGUGGAAGCGUUGCCAUGGAGAAUGCGCUGGGGAGCUGUUGUCCCACGGAUUGUUCAUUAAUUCAUAAAAAGGACACAAUAACUGGACAUAUUCCAUUAUCCUGCAGCGGACAGGUCCCAACUGCUCAUCUCAUUGUGAGCCGAACUGAUGAGCUUAAAUUGCUUGUUACUGUAUUUCCUAGCUCGCUCAGGAUCCUUCAGUUGGUACUGUCCAGGGAAUUGCAUCCAGUGUUAGACACCAUGUCCUGGGUUUUGUAAAACGAGGCUGAUUUUGUACAGUCAGCCUGUUAUGAAAUUCCAAAGAUGUAUGUUGUUUGUUUGAUAUGACCAACUGGUGCCCCUCUGCAAAUUUAUAACCUAUGGCAGCUCUGCAAACAAAGAGAAAAACCUUUUAAGGUAAUGCAGAUUCAAAAUACUUCCUGUUUUAUAGGCACAAGGGGCUGAAUAGUCUCCUGCUAUAUUCUUCUGUGAUACUUUUAUACAUUCAUAGAACCCUACAGUAUAGGAGCAGGCCAUUCAGCCCAUCGAGUCCCACCUAAAGCAUCUCACCCAAACCCACCCAUUUUCCAUUAUCCACCUAGCCUACACAAUACUGGACUCUAUGGGCAGCUUAGCACGGCCAAUCCACCUACCCUGCACAUCUUUGGACUGUGGGAGGAAACUCGAGCACCCGGACACAGGGAGAAUGUGUAAACUCCACACAGUCGCCCAAGGGUGGAAUCGAAACUGGGUCCCUGGCGCUACGAGGCAGCAGUGCUAACCGGUGAGCUACCAUGCUGCCCAGGAAGUACAGAUUUGAUAGGAAGGCCCUGAGAGUGAAGAGAGAAUUCUUGGACAGCAGAAGUACCCAGAGCUUCGCUUGAACUGGUCUAGGAUGUUGGAUUGGGUCAGAGUGUCCACAAGAUGGAAGGUAGUGGCUAUGGAGAAUGUUGAGACGCUGUAGCCAGAAAUAGCAGGCAGACUAAUGUAUUACCUAAGCAUCAGUCACAAUGGGAUCCACUUAGAAUUUGAUCAACCCUCGGACAACGUUAAGGAUUCUUCUAAAAGUGUGAGAAUUCAAAGCUUCUGAGAGAACAGGAGACUGGAAGCUUGCUACAUGGAACAGCAGCUUGAUUGAUAUUGCUUUGUUGAAUAACAAUUCAUCAGGAGUUGAUGUAGCACCUCAAGGCAGGCUGUGAGAGACAUCUUUUUGUCCGAAUGCCCCAGGAAGGACUCUGAAAGACCCCACCCCCUCAGGGGGAGGGCUCUUGGCCGAAGGGAACACAAAGGGAAAAGCUUUUGCAAAUCUAUAACAGUUCUGCUGAAAUAGUCCACACAAUCUGGAAGUCUCUCUCUCAAUCCCUUCGCUUCACAAAGAUCAUCUUCUAGCAAGUGACAGGCCCGCAAUGAUAAAAGACUGAUUUACCUUCAUCUUUAGAAGAAUAUUUUAUCCAUAUCUACUUUUAAUCUUUGCAUCUGUAUUUGAACAACAAAUUAUGUCACUUUUUUAUCACUAGUGCUGAGAAUUGAUAAUAAAUUCUGAAAAUUGCUAAUAAAUUAAUUGCUGAUCUUGGACAAAAACAGAAGUUGCUGGAAAAGCUCAGCAGGUCUGGCAGCAUCUGUGAAGGGAUAAAACAGAGUUAACGUUUCGGGUCUGGUGACCCUUCCUCAGAACUCCUGGUGGCUGGGAAACGUCAGUUUAUAGCAGUUUAACAGUUAGUUAUAAUGUCCGUUAUAAUUGUUGAUCUUGUUUAAGACCAAAGAUUUGCUGCUGAUAUUUAUAGAUUAAAACACUGAAAAAAUGCUUUUUUUAGAAAAACAAAGCUAAACUGGCUGUGCAGAUUUACAGCUCCUGUGAGGCUCUGCAGACACUCUGUAUGGUUGUGACAAAGCAAUUAAACAAACUUUGGAACUCCUUUUCUCAGCUUGAUCCAAGUACUGUUCCCACAUGUGGGGACAGCGACGUGCUGUGGAAACACUCAUCGUUUUCGCACCAUCUGUGGAGAGG